AUGUCGACCAACAUCUUCCGCGACAGCUAUGCAGGUGACGCUCCAGAACAGCACGAUGAAGCUACCACCGGCUCAGGGUCGAAGACCAAGAAGCCGAGCUUCUUCAAUCUGCCCGGAGGAGGAAAAGCUAUCUUUGCCUUUGUACUCAGCCUUUUCGCAUAUACUCUGCAGACAGAGUUUGCACAAUACGUCCAGCAGUCUCUCAACUACCGCAAACCUUUUCUGUCCCUCUAUUUAGGGCAUAGCGGCUUCGUGCUGUUGUUUCCAAUGCAUCUCUACUUUCUCAAGUGGACCACAGGGCGACCCAUCACACACUACCUCCAUCUCAUCGCACAGAACCUGCGGUGGCAGCUCGAGACACCGGCGUCAGCAUUACCUGAUCCACGCGCCGACGCAGUACGUCAACGCCUCAGCCAGGCUUCCGGAAGGGGAGACCGUCAAAGUGGCAGCGACUGGGAUGUUCAGGCAACCGAAAGCCUCAGACGUCGGCCGGCGUCGUCACUCGAGCAAACGUUUGGCUUCAACGUCGUUCGUCUUGCUGGCCUCUUCCUGGUCUUGACCGUCGGAAUCACAGUGCCAGCGCUCAGCUGGUAUUGUGCGGUACCUAUGACGUCGAUGGCAGACAUCACUGCCAUCUACAACACCUUUUCGGUGUGGGCGCUCGUCUUUUCCGUCUGGUUCCUCGGCGAGAAGUGGGAGAAGCGUAAAGUCUUUUCGGUGCUGCUGGCGUGUCUGGGCGUCAUCAUUGUUGCGUACGGCGGCGCAGAUCACCGCAAAGUGCGCAAGCCAAUAGAUCCAGUACACGGCAAGCCUCUUGCAGAGGACGAUCCUGCAGAGCGAAUCGUGCGACGCUUUGCACAGACGCUGCUUGAUCGCUUGGCGUUCAGACGAGGGGCUUCGUCUGAUCCACCCGUCAGCAGCGCGCACAAUCCGGUGCUGGGCGACUUGCUGGCAUUUGUCGGUGCAGUGACAAUGGCAGCGUACGAGAUGGCGUUCAAGCUCAUCGGCACGCUUCCCGAUGAGCAAAAGCAAGCCGAGAUGUAUUCUGCUGUUCCUGGAGGUCGCAAUCGCCGGUCUCGCAGCUACGUCCGCUAUCAGGACGAAGACGGCAACGAGCAUCAGCAGAGACAAGAAACCGAAGGGCUCCUAUUCGAUUCGCAGCACGCAUUGCGGGACGAUGGGGUUGACGAUGAUCUCAGCACGCGCCACUCCAAUGGCGACGGCGCUGGUCAGCAUGUCAUUGGCGAUGAUGACGAAGACGAUGUGAAGAAGGGACGAUCAAGUGGGGCCAGGAGAUACUCGACCGUUGCAGACAAGUUGAUCGACCAGGAUCGUCAAGACUAUCAGAGCAUCACCCCGCCUCCGGAGCCGACGGAGCCGUUGGAACAGAGCAACGAAGGCAAAACGGUCAAAGCUGCUGCCGACAAAGUGCGUGUGCACGCCAAGGCUGUUCGCUUAUCUGAAGGUCGGAGGAAGGAGACGGACGCGGAUCAAGUAAGUGAAGUGACAGAAAGCGAGCUAGACGAGGACGAAGAGCGACUGGUUCUUUCUGGUGCGACUCGGCUCCAACGUACGCGCUCGAACCUCUCCGUCCAUCACCACAGAGCAUCUACGGACACUAGUACCCCAACAUCGCGUCCAGGCCCGAGUCGAAGAAGCUCUUCUUAUCGCACAGUGCAUGAUCCCUCUAUCCCACCUCCGCUUCCUUUUGGCUUACACGCCAAUAUCAUGACAGCAGGGAUCGGUCUCACCACCCUGUCCACCUUCUGGAUGGGAGUCAUCAUCGCAAAUCAGCUCGGAUGGGAGCCCUUUGAGCUUCCGCACAACCUGCGCACGUACGUGUCCAUUGCCAUGGUCGUGCUUUGCGGCAUCUUUUUCAACGCUGCAUUCAUGAUCCUGCUUUCUCUGUGGGGUCCUGUGCUGGCCUCGGUCAGCUGUCUGAUGACGACCAUUUUGGUAGAAAUUGCUGAUGUUCUGCUUGGCCACAAACUGAAGUGGAUCAGCGUGCUCGGAUGUACAUUGAUUGGUGCUGGGUUCGGUGUACUUGUAGGCGGAGAUUCGAUCCACUAG